AUGAAAGGAGACAAUAUAUCUGCAUACACAGCGAGAUUUCACGAAUUGGCAAACCUUGUGCCGCAUCUUGUGAAACCAGAGGAAGUUCGUAUAGAAAGGUAUAUUUGGGGAUUGUCUCCAGAAAUUAGGGGAAACAUUACCUUGGCCAACCCAAAGACUCUUCAGGAGGCAACAGAAAUUGCCAGAAAGCUCACGAAUAAUGUUGUGCGAUCUGGAGGAUUUGCUAAAGGAAAGCGAAAGAUGGAGGAGCAUGGAGAUCGAAGAAUUGGAGGGAAGUUUGACAGAAGCAGGAGGGUAASAAGGAAUUUUGGAGCUCAAACGCAGGUGGUAGGACAAGAUGACACAGUUAGAUGCAAUAACUGCAAAUUUCCGAAUCGGGGGAAUUGCAUAAUCUGCCAAAGGUGUCAUCUAGGGGGUCACACAGCAAAGGACUGCCGGAAGCGGUUAUGUUUCGACUGUGGAAGUCCAGAAUAG